UUCCCAGAUCAAAGGCGAUCUGCUCCGUAGAGAGAGCGAGAGCGGCCAGCUAGGCACAAGCGAGCGCGCGAGCAACGCGAUAGUCCGGGCUGCAAUGGUGAAAUAAGCCACGACAAUCUUUUCAAGGACAAAGUUUUAUUCUCGAUUAAUGAUUGUUACUCUCAUUUCCCAACGUCCACUGCGUUUAUUUUCCCCUCUUUUUUACCCGCUUUUCGAGGAGCUCGCGCUCUCUCGAGUCUGAUUUCUGAAUCGACACUUUUUUGAGGACGCUUGGAAAUUAUGUUCCGAUCGGCGCCUACCCAACCGGCAAGAUGAAGAUUUUUCCGAGAACUGGGUUCGGUCGUGGUGCUGAUUCGGUGGUCUUGGUGUUGUUUUGGGUCCUGGGAAGCGUCCUGGCCAAGGAUACUGCCUUUGUGGAAGUUGUGCUUUUUGAAUCGAGCCCAAAUGGUGAUUAUACCACGUACACGACAGGUCUGCAAGGCAGCUUCUCCCGAGCCGGAGCCACUAUCAGCGCCGAGGGCGAGAUCGUGCAAAUGCACCCUUUGGGCCUGUGUAACAACAACGAUGAAGAGGACUUGUACGAAUAUGGCUGGGUGGGCGUGGUCAAACUCGAACAACCCGAAUUAGACCCGAGCUGCCUUACUGUACUGGGCAAGGCCAAGAGAGCUGUUCAGAGAGGAGCCACAGCUGUCAUCUUUGACGUCUCUGAGAAUCCAGAUGCCAUCGAUCAGCUUAACCAGGUUUCAGAGGACCCUCUUAAGAGGCCGGUGGUCUAUGUCAAAGGACCUGAUGCAGUUAAACUGAUGAAUAUCGUCAACAAGCAGAAAGUUGCACGAGCCAGAAUUCAACAUCGGCCGCCGAGGCCUACAGAGUACUUUGACAUGGGAAUCUUCUUGGCGUUCUUCGUGGUGGUCUCACUGGUCUGCCUCAUUCUUCUCAUCAAGAUAAAACUCAAGCAAAGACGCAGUCAGAGUUCCAUGAACCGCAUGGCCAUCCAGGCUCUGGAGAAGAUGGAAACACGCAAGUUCAAGGCUAAGGUCAAAGGUCAGCGUGAGACCAGCUGUGGAGCAUCAGACUCGCUGAGCAGUAGUUCCACGUCAGACUGUGCCAUCUGCCUCGAGAAAUAUAUAGACGGCGAGGAGUUGAGGGUGAUCCCCUGUGCACACCGCUUCCAUAAGAAAUGUGUGGACCCUUGGCUUCUGCAGAAUCACACCUGCCCACACUGCAGACACAACAUCAUUGAACAAAAAAAGGGAAAUCCAGGUGCUAUUUGUCUCGAUCCGGGAAACCCAGUGCACAGCCGUCAGCAGCGAGUCAUCCUCCCCGUUCAUUACCCAGGAAGGGUGCACAGAGCCGGACAGGUGACUGCCUACCCCACACGGACCACUAUGGAUCCCCACGGCAACCCCAUCACUAUUUUAACAGUGGACCAGCACCCUGAGCAGAGCCUUUAUCCUUCCCAAUCCUCCUUCAUCCGAGGUUACCCCGCCCUCCACCUGGACCACAGUCUAAACCCUCACCACUGCGGUCUGGAGCAUCGCGCCCCUGCUUACCCACAAACUUUUAAGAGGCCCAAAUUUCAAGGGCGUAACUUUUCUCGUGCCGCCUGCUUUUCGCAGUACGAGACGAUGUACCAGCACUAUUACUUUCAGGGCUUGACCUUUCCUCAGCCUGAGGUUCAGCCUACUAACGGACUGCACAAAGGUCACACCCGACCCUUCCAACCCGGACUCUUGUAUCCUACCGUGGUGCACAUGGGACCUGCUUCCUCUUCCCGCCUGGGGGACUCGGGAAGCACCUCGGGACUCAGUUGUUACCACGGGCACCGCUCCGUGUGCAGCGGUUACCUCGCGGAUUGUCCUGGAAGUGACAGCAGCAGUAGCUCGGGUCAGUGCCACUGCUCCUCCAGCGACUCCAUGUUGGAUUGCACGGAGGUCAGCAACCAGGGCGUGUACGGAAGCUGUUCGACGUUCCGGAGCUCACUGAGCAGCGAUUACGACCCGUACGUGUACCGCAGUAAGAGUCCUUGCCGGGGCUCGACCGGAGAGGCGGGGGCGGUGUUUUCGGCCGCUCCUGCAACAGAAGACUCGCCGGCCCUGGUAUCAGGGAUGACGGACUGUCUACAGCCUCCUGUCGGAGCGCUUUACGGUUCCGGGGACCAGCUAUCCAACUGCAGCCUGGAGCCCAGCUGUAGUGGCCACUCUUCAGCGGAAACCAGGGAACUAACUAGCACUACCUCAGCUGGGCCCUCGGAGAGCGCUGCGGCAGCGAAGCAUUGCGGGGAGCAAGGUGUCGCUUGCAGCUGCUGCUUUGAGGUACCUAAAAUAAACUUGGAAAGUAAAGCACAGGACGGGGAAGGACAUUGCAGGUGGGGCGCAGAGUCUCAAACUCUCUCGCUCGGUUCUCCGCAGAACUUUUAUAGCGUUAGCACCGAGCAGCUGCCUUCUCCAGAUCAUGUCGGUUACGAAGGACUGCCAUGCUGCUUCUACACGGAAAUGACUGUACACCGUGGAAGCGCUAAUCAUUACGCUGAAGACUGUUCGGUUAAUGUACAGUACGGCCAGACAGACAGCGAUGGCUGCAUGGGACAGGGCUGCUGCGAACUCGCGCAGCGGAUACCCAUAAUUCCUGAGGAUACAGACUGUGAAUUAGGCUUGAGUCCAGAAUCGCAAACAAGUCUUCUCCCUCCUAGACUUACCUUGGAGAGGGAGGAGAGGACUUCUGAAGAGACUUGUGAUUUAUUUUACACCCCAGGACAAUGUAGAGGACAAAUUUACCAGCAGCCAGAAGAUGUAGAGACCAGAGCAUUGUUUUCCCCACAGUGCAAUGGCAUUCCUGACACACAAGGGGGCGUUAAAUCAUCUUUUGACGGGUCAGGGCUCUGAUAGCAAGCCUUGAAGCACCGCACAGGCUCUUGAAACUCAAAUAUAAUGGUUGUGUUGUCAAAACUCUGGAGUGUACUUAAAAGCAAGAGUUUGAAAUUUAGAUUUUACAAUUGUGUUUUUUUAGAGUGCUCAUCUUGUUCAUUCCUGUGGCCUUCAGAAUCUGUAAUGAAUACGACAGUUUAAGAAGUAUCAAAAGGUGAAAGUACAAAGCUACAUUUCUUAUUAUUUUCUGUCACGUGCUACACAGCAUCAGAAAUGUGAGUCAGAGGGGGCGGAGCUUCUCUCCUGAUUGGACUAGGACCAGGGAAACGUUUACAAAUGUAAAUGUAAACUUUUUAUGCGAAUUUAGAUUCAUGAUUUGAAUGCUCUUUUUAAACGUUUUAAAAUUGCAUGCAUGUGAGCAGUAUGAAAUCAACUAAAGUUUUCAUUUAGGGAAAUAAAACCAAAAUUAAACAUUUCAAGAUCACGUGGAGGGAGCGGGCGACAGGUGCCGAGGUCAUUUAUUGAACGCUUAACUAGGUUAAAACUUAACCUCCCUCUCUCUGUGUUUUUCUCAGGGCCUUUUUUCUCUCUAGUGCAGAAACAGACCAAGACAGAAAGCUUUUUUUAAUCCAAAUAGUUGUUAUUAGUGGAGACUACUGAGCUGUAUGUACUUCACACCAAAAUCUAGUUGGUCUCCAGGGUUCACUGGUAGAUUUAGACCCGGACUACUCGAGUGUUAAAGGUACAGGACUUCUAGUAUUUGACCCCUGCUAAGUUCAUAUAUUAGUAGUUUUUUAUAUGAUAUGUAUACAAGCUAUCAGUUUGUCACAAAGACGCCAAAGUAUAAUGACUUCAAGAGAUUGGAAUGCAGUGGUAUAUAUAUAUAUAUAUAUAUAUAUAUAUAUAUAAAGGGUAGAAAUAUACAUAAUAAUGUACUUGCACCUAUGCUUUUACAGAUAUACACCAUCAUAUCAUCAUGCCUUUCUGUUUAUACAGAGUAUUUUAUACUGUUUCUAUGAAAUGUACCCAUACAGCUUACAUAGGCGGUCGUUUUAAAGUAACUUUAUUUAUACAUAGACUAAAACAGUGCCGUAACAUGAGAAUCUACUCUUGCCUUGCAUAGAGAUAUGUACUGCAAAUAUAGCAUUUUUUUCUGGGUACUCAAGUCACUAUUUAAUAUUUCGUAUUUGUUUGUAGCACUUAAGAUUGUAUAAAAGAAAUGUGUACAAAAUUAAUAUUUUUUAUUUUUUUUAAAAGAUAUAAUUAUUUUCUCCAUUUUCAUUUUACAGAUGUUAAAGGUUAGAGCUUGAUCUGUGUAUAUUUCUGUAUCUGUAUAGCAGCACAUAUCAUAAAUGGAAAUAUGUUCUCUGAAUAUUUAUUGACUAAUAUAUUUAUCUUUAAGCCAUGUCUUAUGUUCAGAGUGUCUGUGAGUUUUUUUUCUUUUUCGUUUUUGAGAUCACUAAUAAGAGAAUUUGUAAAUACAUGGUAAUUGCACACAAGACGAUUAAAUAUUCUCUGACC